GUCUUGGCGGGACCUCUUUAGCCAUCAGCAAUCCGAGCUCUCCAGUGCAUCCCGACUCGGGCGAGAAAAUUAUCAUCUCCAGCAUUGCUCCCCGUCAACCGUCUAUUGCACCUUCGAUUCCCGUGCCGAGUCGGCCCAAUUGCCAUCCCUGCGACGACCGUACCUCCGCACAGCUGCAACACCGCCAACCACCAUGUUCCGCACCGCGAUUCUCCGAUCUGCAGCCGCCGCGACGCGGACGGCCAUGCGCCCCGUCCCCUCCGCCGCCGCGAGAAGGGCAGCUGUCGUCGCGCUCCCCAGGACCGCCCCUUCGUUCGUUCCCAAGCCGCUCGCCUGGCAAGCCGUGCGGUGCUACGCCUCCGGGAGCGGCCUGGACAGGACCGAGGUUUACGAGCGGAUCAAGCAGCUGCUGUCCGGCUUCGACAAGGUCAACGACCCUGCCAACAUCACAGAGACUGCGCACUUUGCGAACGACCUCGGCCUGGACAGCUUGGACACGGUGGAGGUUGUGAUGGCCAUCGAGGAGGAGUUCAGCAUUGAGAUCCCCGACAAGGAUGCGGACACGAUUCACAGCGUUGACAAGGCCGUCGAGUAUAUCCUCAGCCAACCCGAUGCGAACUAGACCUGCCUC